CCGCCGCCCUCCCUUCCUCGCGCGGCUCCGCUAGCUCAGCUCAGCUCAGCUCGGCUCAGCGCGGCGCAGCUCGGCAGCCGCCAAGCCGAGACCCGCACGGUCUCCCGGUUGCCGGCGCCGGCUCCGAGCUCCCGCUCCCCGCCCGGGCUCCGCCAGGUCUCGCUUCUCCGGGGACCCCUUCGGGCAGGCGUCGCGUGGCGAGGGCCAGCGGCAGCGGCACAAAGUUGAGCGCCCGCGAGGAUGAGGCUGUCCCCAGCGCCCCUGAGGCUGAGUCGGAGUCCAGCGCUGCUGGCCCUGGCGCUGCCCCUGGCCGCAGCGCUGGCCUUCUCCGACGAGACCCUGGACAAAGUGCCCAAGUCGGAGGGCUACUGCAGCCGCAUCCUGCGCGCCCAGGGCACGCGGCGCGAGGGCUACACCGAGUUCAGCCUCCGCGUGGAGGGCGACCCCGACUUCUACAAGCCGGGAACCAGCUACCGUGUAACGCUUUCAGCUGCCCCUCCCUCCUACUUCAGAGGAUUCACCUUAAUUGCCCUCAAAGAGAACAGAGAGGGUGAUAAGGAAGAAGACCACGCUGGGACCUUCCAGAUCAUAGAUGAAGAAGAAACACAGUUUAUGAGUAACUGCCCCGUCGCGGUCACUGAAAGCACCCCACGGAGGAGGACACGGAUCCAGGUGUUCUGGAUAGCGCCACCCACAGGAACAGGCUGUGUGAUUCUCAAGGCCAGCAUCGUACAGAAACGCAUCAUUUAUUUCCAAGAUGAGGGCUCUCUGACCAAGAAACUUUGUGAACAAGAUUCCAUGUUUGACGGGGUAACUGACAAACCAAUCUUAGACUGCUGUGCCUGUGGAACUGCCAAGUACAGACUCACAUUUUAUGGGAAUUGGUCCGAGAAGACGCACCCAAAGGAUUACCCUCGUCGGGCCAAUCACUGGUCUGCAAUCAUUGGUGGAUCCCACUCCAAGAAUUACGUGCUGUGGGAGUACGGAGGCUAUGCGAGCGAAGGUGUCAAACAAGUGGCAGAAUUGGGCUCACCCGUGAAAAUGGAGGAAGAAAUUCGGCAACAGAGUGAUGAGGUCCUCACCGUCAUCAAAGCCAAAGCUCAGUGGCCAGCCUGGCAGCCUCUCAAUGUGAGAGCCGCACCCUCGGCUGAAUUUUCAGUGGACAGGACGCGCCACUUGAUGUCCUUCCUGACCAUGAUGGGCCCCAGCCCCGACUGGAACGUGGGCCUGUCUGCAGAGGAUCUGUGCACCAAAGAGUGCGGCUGGGUCCAGAAGGUGGUGCAGGACCUGAUCCCCUGGGACGCUGGCACUGACAGCGGGGUGACCUAUGAGUCACCCAACAAGCCCACAAUUCCCCAGGAGAAAAUCCGGCCCCUGACCAGUCUGGACCAUCCUCAGAGUCCUUUUUACGAUCCAGAGGGCGGGUCUAUCACUCAAGUGGCCAGAGUUGUCAUCGAGAGAAUCGCCCGGAAGGGGGAACAAUGCAAUAUCGUGCCUGACAAUGUCGACGAUAUUGUAGCAGAUCUGGCUCCAGAAGAGAAAGAUGAAGAUGACACCCCUGAAACCUGCAUCUACUCCAACUGGUCCCCGUGGUCCGCCUGCAGCUCCUCCACCUGUGACAAAGGCAAGAGGAUGCGGCAGCGCAUGCUGAAGGCACAGCUGGACCUCAGUGUCCCCUGCCCUGACACCCAGGACUUCCAGCCCUGCAUGGGCCCGGGCUGCAGCGAUGAAGACGGCUCCACCUGCACCAUGUCCGAGUGGAUCACCUGGUCACCCUGCAGCAUCUCCUGUGGCAUGGGCAUGCGGUCCCGGGAGAGGUAUGUGAAGCAGUUCCCGGAGGAUGGCUCUGUGUGCACGCUGCCCACCGAGGAGACGGAGAAGUGCACAGUCAACGAGGAGUGCUCUCCCAGCAGCUGCCUGGUGACCGAGUGGGGUGAGUGGGAUGAGUGCAGCGCCACCUGCGGGAUGGGCAUGAAGAAGCGGCACCGCAUGGUCAAGAUGAGCCCGGCGGACGGCUCCAUGUGCAAGGCCGAGACAUCCCAGGCAGAGAAGUGCAUGAUGCCCGAGUGUCAUACCAUCCCCUGCUUGCUGUCCUCAUGGUCUGAGUGGAGUGACUGCAGUGUGACCUGUGGGAAGGGCAUGCGGACCCGCCAGCGGAUGCUCAAGUCUCUGGCCGAACUCGGGGACUGUAAUGAGGAGCUGGAGCAGGUGGAAAAGUGCAUGCUGCCUGAAUGCCCCGUUGACUGUGAGCUCACCGAGUGGUCCCAAUGGUCAGCGUGUAACAAGUCCUGCGGGAAAGGCCACAUGAUUCGAACCCGGAUGAUCGAAAUGGAGCCUCAGUUUGGAGGUGCACCCUGCCCAGAGACUGUGCAGCGGAAAAAGUGCCGCAUCCGGAAAUGCCUGAAAAAUCCAUCCAUCCAGAAGCUGCGUUGGAGGGAGGCCCGAGAGAGCCGGAGGAGUGAGCAGUUGCGGGAAGAGUCUGAUGGCGAGCAGUUCCCAGGCUGCAGGAUGCGCCCGUGGACAGCCUGGUCGGAGUGCACCAAACUGUGUGGCGGCGGGAUCCAGGAACGCUACAUGACUGUCAAGAAGAGGUUCAAAAGCUCCCAGUUUAGCAGCUGCAAGGACAAGAAGGAGAUCAGAGCGUGCAAUGUGCACCCUUGUUAGCCAGGGUAUAAGUGGUCCAGGGCUGCACCCUAGAUUUGCACAGUCACCAAUGGCUGGAGUGUCUGUUUGCUUGUUGUUUAAGGCAAUUUAAAUCGUAUCCACUAGUCUUCAUUUCUGCAGUCUGGUUUGCCCAGUAGUCUUGUGGAGGCCGGGGACCUCCUUUCUGUCCACAGCUUGGUAGGCACAGGCUGCGUGGGGCUCCCUCCUCCCCUGCUGGCCCUCCUCCAGCACAGAAGACGUGUCAGCCCCCCGUCCUCAACGGAAGUGUGUCCCUCUGGAGCAUCCACCAGGGCAGCACACACAGGCCUGGCCUCCUCCACAGGGAGAGGCAGCUGGGGCGGGAAGGGACUCCCAUGCCUCAGCCUCGGGGUACAGCAGGGAGGAGACCAUCCUGCUCCGAUGGAGAGCGCAGAUUCCUCUCCUCCUUGCCUUCGGCCUGCUUGCUCAUGUAGAAACCUCCUGUUUGCCCAUGUCCUUUCAUUUAGUGGAACUUUAGGUCCUUUGUUGAGUCUCCGCGUGGGGAAAACAGAGCUGGUAGACGUGAAGAGCACUGAGAGAGGAUGGCUUUUCUUUCAGAAAUUCUGAAGUUCUGAAUACAUUUCAGAUCCUCCCCUCCCAAUAGUGGUGGCCAAAGCCCCGAGAAAGGAAAUGAUGGCCGCUUUACUGGGAUGUAAGGUCGCCGGUUCUUACACCUGAGCUAAAAGGCACUAAGUCUAGAAAGUAUUUUUCCCUGGCUUUUUUUUUUGUGUGUGGCCACAAUUCUCCUGGGAAGCCAGCCUUAUAAACCUUCUGACCUCCCAUACUUACUAGAACCAAGGCCAAGGCAGCAAAACUGGCCUCUCUAGCAGCCCCAAGCCUGCACUUUUAAAAUCUUCUGACACAUAUCUAGACUUUUAAGUUUUCAAACCAGUUCUACCAAGAAAACAUCGUUUAGUUAUAUGUCUGCCCACAUCCCACCAAGCCACUGUUUGAACAAAAAUACUAUCUAUACUUUAAAGGGUUUUUUUUUUUUUAAAUCAUAAAGUUUUUUUAUACGUAGAGAGAAAAAUGUUUCAGAGACCAAGCAAAACAGAUUGAGGGAGAAAGGAAUAUUACAGAAUCGGGCCGAGUAGGAAAAUCGGGGGGAAAGCCAAACUUUACCUGGGCUCUCCACACCAGGGCUCUGGUCCUCCAACACACGUGUGGGCAAGGCCAUGGUUUUCCAUCCCCUUCGAAGCACUCGAAAGCAUCAAAUUCAGGGAUUCUGACUACCAAGAAUUUGUGUAAGAAGACAUUUUACUGAACUGAGUACAGCAGCAGUUUUUACUCCUUCAUUUAUUGUUAAAACUGUUUCAUUUCUGUUGCAGGUUUUCAUUAUGCUUAAUCCAAAUAUGUAUCAUGGAUGAGAUGUACACAAUGUUUCUGAAUACACUACUUUUAAGAAUUUGCAUUCAGCACAUCAGAAUAUUUCCAAACACAACAUAUAUAUGAUAUAGCCCUGAAUCUUCAAUAAAAAACUCAUUUGGGUCUGUCUUCUGUGUUUUUAAACUAAUUAAAAGUGUUCAGAAGACUGGGCCCUUUCCAGUGAUCCACCUGAAUCACAUUCAGCAAAAGAUAUGGUCUUUGCUCCCUCAUUUGAGAGGGACAUUACCACAUCCCUGAGUCUUCUGGAACUUUGAGUUGUUUCCAGUAUUAUUUUUGUAAUCCUUAAAAAAGAAUUGCUACCUUGCCCCACAAAGGAGCAUAAUAUAAAGAAGUUAAGAGGUUUAACUAGGACAGAAAAUCUUGAUAUAGAAUCUGCCCACUUGUGCAACACUGUUCUUGGCCAUCUAGAGGCAUACUUAUUUUCAACCCAUGAAAAUCAAAGUCCCUCAAGUCAGUAAUUCCUAAGUCUAAGGACAAGCCACCAUGGUGUCUCAUGUUCUUAUCAGGUCUCUAUGGGAUACAUUUUAAAUCCUAAUUGCAGAGACUUAAAACCAGUAACUGGUUAAUGGCUGAGAAUGGGUAACCUGUUUCUUAUUACAUAAGUAUGAUUUCUUUUGCAAGGAGGAAUUUAUAAGAAGCAUCAAAUCUCUUUCUUACCAAAGUCUUGGGUUAGGUAGUUUAUAGUUUCCCUGGCUAACCAAUCCUUUUGGAAAUACUUUACUACAAAAAUGAAAUUUGUUUCAACUUCCACUUAAGAUAAUAAAGAGAUCAUAAGACAUCCAGUAAGAACUGCCACAUAAA